CCACGAGUACCUUUCCUCGAAUACUUUUUACUCAGUUACUGUCCGAAGCUCUUAUUCGCAGUAUACUUAGCUAGCGACCCAACAAGAGAUCUACUCCUUCGAUAUCUCCCAAUCUUCACCUUUCAUUUCCUUGUCCCUCCUUUCAAACCGACCGUCUGUCCUACCUGCCAAUCUGCGGCAGCGUCCUAUAGCUUGUCCGUCUGUCGAUAUAUUGUCCUUCCAAGCAUUAUCAGGUUCCAGACACGACACACAGUCUCUGAGACCUCCAACUUCCACCGGCCUAUCUUCUUCAGACCAGCAAAGUCGCAUGCCUACGGUUCCUCCUAGCCGGCAAAGUUCCGGACCCUGAUCUGAUCGGAGUUGAUUGAAGCCCUACCGGGGGUAAAAAGACGGACGGACGCACCGGUCAUUGGCAGAUUGGCACUUCAAGGUGCCAGGGAUUGUGAGCAUGGUGCACUCCUGAAUUUCAUCAAGACCCGGAGCAGCAGAGGCAGCUGCGUCGUGCAAUCAUUUGCUGGCGGAGUGCCCUCGGAAUCGUUUGUCAGAUGUCAAUCACCCAAACAUGGCGGACAAACGCAGAAGGAAGAGCCUCAGCAUCUUCCGCCAGAGGACGGAUCACGCCCUCCCUCCCAUACAAAUACCCGCAAGUCCUACCGAGAAAAAGUCUACAGACUACCUCCCGAGUCCUGUCGAGUCCGAACAAUCGAGCCCAAAGGCCCGGCCAAGGACUCUCCAAAAAUCCGGUCGCGCUUCAGUCUUUGGAUCCCUACGUUCGCUGCGUUCUCUUGACGAGGAAGAGAAGAUCCUCUUGACCAGGUCGGAUUCUAAAGCUUCAUCUCUCCAUGACGAAGCUGAGCUGAACAUGAAGGGAAUCCUUGGCCAGAAGGUUCUACAGUACGGAGAAGUGCAAGCCGCUGGAGCCACCAAUGUCUUCCGGAAGAGGACUCAAUUCAUGGUUCUCACCGAGUCACACCUCAUUCGCUUCAGAAGCCAGGCUAGAGCUGUCGAAAUGUUUCCAACUAUUCCCAGCAGCCUCAAUAAUAAAGGCCACGCCCCACGGUCGUCUUCUGCAAGCUCCUAUCAAGAGCUUCAGAUGUCGGCAUAUUCGGACAUCGCUUCGGGCAUUCCCCUCGACCAGAUCAUCGCCGUGUACAGAGUCGACGAUGGCCGACCAUACAUGACUGUAGAAGUUGCCUAUCUCGAUGAACGAGCGAAGAAAGCAUCCAUGAUGCAACUCCAAGUCAAUGAUCUUCGCGAAGCAAAUCUAUGGGUAAUGGCCGUUCGCUCGGCCGUUCUCCAAGUGACCUCCUCAUUGCCGAAGCCGAUUCAAGAUCAUACACUAGAGCAUCUUGCUCGAGUCGCUGAGCGUGAAAGAGAUUACCAUCCGGAACAUUUCCACGUCUUCAAGGUGGUUCAGCGCUCAGUCAACAGAUCAAUGGGACGAGCCUCGGCUGAAGACUUGACUCGGCUCGGAUCAGCCGUUUGCUAUCUUAUCAUCGGUCUUCAUAAAAUCCACUUGGUGCCCUUGUACCGGUCGUCAACACGAUCGUCUAGCACUUCUCUCAACGACAUUGACAGCACGACCUCUUUUGCCAUUGUCGAUUUGGCCAUGGUCCAAGUUCAGUCGGAAGAAGACGCCUUUCAGUUGCUAUUCAAACCACCGACAGGACAGCCCCAAAAUGUUCCCUUGGGCUCGAGCGCUGCGGGCGAGAUCGCACUUCGAUUGAGGUUCGCCUCGGAAUAUCUGCGGCCAGAAUGGCUCAGGCAGCCUUUCAUAUUCGAGAUACCUGCUGAGCUCGAUGAUCAGAUGGAUCCUCCUAAUUUUCCCAAAGAAGACCACGAUUGUUUCGAUCGUACACUCAUUGCUUACUGUGCUGGCUAUGACUUGGACACUUCUCGAAUUUGUUAUUCUGUGGACUACAAUUGUGAAGAUGCGCCUUGUUUUCAACUACUUGCUCCCUCGACAGGCAAGACGUACUCUGCAUUGGAGUUGCUCGCUGUGUUUCGAGCGCUCCGGUACAACGAGUCAUUCUCGUCCAUUUCCUUUGCGCGCAUCAAUCUUAGUCCUCUACGACAUUUGUACGACACCUUUGGAGCCGACCUCGAUAGUCUUCACACUCGAUCUGGAAAUCUCACAAAUAUCGUCGGUCACCAGGAUCUGCCCGUUUUAUGUCAAGAAAUCCGAGCCCUGGCCCUGAAAAGUCGACGAUUGAGACGGCUGGAUUUUUCCUACACCAUUCCCAACAAAGCGCUCGCCGAUCACGAACAGCCCGUGGAUUGUGGUGUGAUGGAGGCCCUUGCACCCCUGUGUAAGAGAUCUUUGACCAACGUCGACUGGAUCGUCCUCACGGGACUGCGACUGACGGACUCUGAUUUGAACUUCCUGGUUGAUGCCGCAUCGGAGAGAAGAUGCCAUUUUCGUGCUCUUGAGAUUGGUGAAUGUGGGCUCUCCGUCCACGACAUUGACGUGCUUCUGUCCGCGCUGGUCGCGCAGGAGAGCACGAUGGAGGUCAUCGACAUCUCUGGAGCUCAAGGACGGUUUAGUCCCGAAGUGUUCCAGCGCGAGAUCGGAGCUUUCAGCCACAUCCGCCGAUUGAACCUUACGCGGGUACAGAAAACUGCAGGCCCGGAACCUCUGGUGGCUCCCGAGGCUCUGUAUGCUUGGAAACUAGAAUGCCUCUACUUGUCACAAACGACGCUUAACGAGCAGACAGUGGAUUCGAUUUCGACAUACCUCGCCACUUCUAAAUCGGACAUUCUCCGCGAACUGCACAUCAACCAAUGCAGUCUGACAGGUCGGGACCUGGCGACCUUCUUCCAAUCAAUGACUCGGGAUGACGGUCGGCCACGCAUCAUGCAUGUGAGCGCCAACGAGAACCGGCUCAAAGCAGGUAAUACGAUCUUGUUCAAGACGAUUGGUCAGAAUUACGGACCGUCGUCUUUGAGCAUGCGAAUGAUGGAUUUUGACAAAGAGAGCCAUUUUCGAGAACUCAUCGAGGCCUUGACCGUCAACACUAGCCUGCGCAGUCUGGACUUGUCACGUGCUUCCCUGCCGUACGACGCCAGCGUGGAGACCUGCGAAGCUCUGAAAGAGAUGUUUGCCAGGAAUCGAACCUUGGAGGAGCUCGACAUCAGUGGCGAACAUGCUCAUUUGGACGCGACCAGAUUCGGCAUUGGACUGAACAUUGCAUUGAGAGGCCUUGCCAAGAACAAGACAUUGAAGAUGCUCCGAAUCGAAUACCAGAGUCUGGGUCUGCAAGGAGCAAAUACCUUGGCCGAAGUCCUGGAGAAGAAUGAUACAUUGCUCGAGAUCCACUGUGAGCACAACGACAUCAAUUUGCAGUGUUUUACUUCCCUUGUCAAUGCGUUGGAGAAGAAUCACACUUUGCUUUUCAUGUCGUCCAUGGACCAUGAUCGAGCAAAGUCAAUUGAAAAAGUCCGACGCGAAGUUGACACCAUGGACCGAGUGGAGAGCUCAAAGCCUCCCAAGGGCACAGGCACGAUCAAGAAGACAUUCACAGGGCUAAGCGGCAAAGCACAUCGUCAUGGUCACCGUCAUAGCAGUUCUCUAUCGUCGACUACAUCUUUUAGCGAUCAGGAUGUGGCGGCCGCGAUUGCUACGCUGGAGGAAAAGUGGAACGUGCAGGUUGCAAGGCUACAAAAGUACUUGUUUCGCAAUCAUUGUCGUUCAGAAGGAAUUCCGUGGGAGGACGAAACGGCGAGUGACCCGAGCCGUCGAACGUCGACAGGGGCGGGGGAUUCAAUGGCACAAAUAUUGCAGCGAGUGCAUUUGGACAAGACUCCAACGAUGGACAAUCCAUCUUCUUUGGAUUAUUUUAACGAAAAGUUGGGAGAGCGUGGCCAGGCGGUGUUUCAGCUUCCUGAGGAUUGAGGGUAGCAUAACAUCGGACGACGGAGGCUAUUUCUGAUUUUCUGGUUUAUCCUUUUCAUGAUACCCCCCUGUCUUUCGUUUGAGGAGCCAGGUCAAUAUAGAUUUACCUAUGGAGUAGUUGUUUCCUCGAUGGAGGAUACAUGCGUCGUUUCUGGCUGGAGACGGGAUCAGGGAUGAAAUAUUCUGUGAAGGUAUCGAGGACUACGGCGAUAUGGUUAUGUACAGCAUCUGCAUAGGUACAGGAGAUUAUCCGAAUUGUUUGCAUUGGAUGUACUCUGUAGCAAGCAGAAUGUGGCAGUCAGCUCACCAGCCUCGGCUUCAAAGGCGAGAAAUC